AGAGGCAAAAGUCAGAACGUCUUAUAAUGUUAGUGUGGAUAGUUUUUAUUCUCCACUUAGUUAAUGCAUCAUGUUAUAAUAAAUCCACUGUAUUUAAUUGCUUAUGGCAUAAUGAUUCUUGCGUCGAUGUCUGCCCGGACUGGAUGGUGGUUCAGGUGAGCAAUUGCUCUGAAUCUUAUUGGAGAGCACGAAGAACUUGCGAGCAUCCAGAAGAAGUACUAGUGGGAACGAUUUGCGGAUUCUCCAGGUGCGACUGUCCCGGAACAACGGUUCUGGACACUGAAACCGGAUACUGCUACGACGUGGAUAACUGUCCAACGAAACAUGGACUCUAGGUAAUCGGAACCCUUAAAUUAGUACAUUGUGUGUGUUUUUCUACUACAAAUUGAAUAAUAACUAUCUGAUGAACUCAUCUUUGUUUAAUACUUCAGUAUUAAAUUUUAUUGCAUUUUGUUUAUUUCACUUUUACACUAAACACAUUAUUGCUAAUUACCCGAGCACAACAAUGGCGGAGAAUUUUAGGUGCGUGAGAGCAGACGUAGACACUAACGCGCAUGCGCACUUGUACCCAGGGAGGAAAAGUUACACUUUCUUGCCUGUACAGCGGGAGGAAAACCGAACUUUCGGCGUAGGUAGGAGAAAAAAAUUAUUGAGUCCUACUGCGAUAUAUUUUUGAUAGAAAAUCGUAACUUAAACGCGGUCUUGCGUUCUUAUUUCAAGUGCAGGAUAACAGAUAUUGUGAUGCAAUAAACAAACUGUCAUAUAGCUGGCUUGAGUAUAAUGCGAAGUAGUUCAAUCCAGAGUUAGAGCUCUAGUUAUUUAGACACUAUAAAACGAAUGUAAAAUGUUCUAUACUUAACGGCCCCAAGAAACAAAGGAAGCUAAAUAGGACAAUACUUCUAUCGCGCGGAUGAUGAAUUACUAAGUACUUGUACCAGCGGAGGCAGUGAUUUCCACACAUUUCCCGUGAGGCCCACAUCUUUAUUUCUUUUUAUAUGAAGAUUGGUUGCGGCAGCGUAUUCUGUAUUAGGCUCAUGUUUCGCUGUGUAUUGUUGCCUGGCACUUUUGACGCCGUUGCCACUCACCGUUAUAUACUAAUCUAUACUAAUCCGCAUACACUGACAAAGAAGUAAAAAAUCAUAUCAGCAAUACAAGGACUCAUUCACAUCCACUGCUUACCAUUAUACCCGUUCGUCUAUAAAUAACUGUGCCGACUAAUUUAAUGUGAAAGCAUCUAGCACAAUAAAUGAAUUACAUUCUUAACAGUGUAUUUUUAAAAGUUUUACGAGUGAUGUAAAAAACCUAAUAUACAUAUUAUCAUUAUCAUCAUUAGCCUUAGCAAACGAAUGAAUAUUGUCGAGUUGUUGCAGGUCGCGGGAGUCGCGGGAAACGAAGUUGUGUGAAUUGUUUUAUUUUGUUAAUUUAGCGUUUCUUCAGGCUUAAAUGUGCAAUAGCGAUAGUUUAUUAACUUUAAGUAUUAUUAUUAUUUAAGUACACAAAUAUGGGAAAAUGAAUCAAAAUUACUAGACGUAGUUUCUCUAAAUUUUCCAAAAAGUCCACUGUUAAGUCUCAGUAAAUUACCACCAUUUUCCUGAGACUAGAUUCCAUCGUUUAACAUGUAAUUUCAUCAGAUUUCAUCCCCAUUAUUUUCGUAAAUUAAAACUUCUUUUCAUUUCGUUCCUUAUAAUUUUUCAUAAAACAGAAACAAGAGCUUAGGCUGUAUGGUGUCUUAUCUUUGUCGCUCUACAUGAAAAAAUGGAACUACGAAGUACUGAAUGAAUAAUGUUAAAUUAUUGGUUUAUGUUGAAGUGGUGUAUCCCUUUUUUACAGUCGGGAAUGAUUCGAGUAUUUCAGAAUAAGUACCAUACCACAGAACGUUAGCAGGGAACGAGUACAAAAUAAACUUUUUUUGUAAAAUGUAUUUUGUUAAUACUAUAUUAAAUAAUUUUGUUUGAUUCGUCAAUUGGACAGGCAAAGGGAAGGUAGCCUAUACAGCUAAUCUUUUGCACUUAAAGCCAAAGUCGCGUUCGUUGUAUGCUAAGUAAAAGGUAGCAUUGGCAAGAUAAGAUGCACGGGAUUGAAUAUGUUGGUUUUUUACUCUUUGUAGAAAAUGUGGUGAAGUUAUCGUGUCCUUGAUUUUUUAACAGGACACAAUGAAAUGUCGCACAGCUUGUUGCGGACGGGGCAAUAAAAAGGUAGCAGCUUUACAAUAUGUAGCGUGUGGCUUACAGUGGCGGCAUUCGCGGAAUGGUUCGUGGUAUAUGAGUUACAAUAGUUUCUUCAUAACACGUAGGCUGCAGUGAACUCGUUUGCAAUAAUGAAAUGAAAUAAAAAAUGUUUUAAAAGUGCUUUUGAUUCAUUUAAUAAAACGAUCCAACCAUAAUAAUAAUUUCUUUCUCAGCCCAUCUACGUUCCCAAUACCUUUAAUAAUAUUCAAGCGUUUUUUAAUACUUUUAUCUAUCGUUAUGUUUCGCUUUUUAGUGUAUUUAUAAUACAGUCGGAUUUUUUCAGGUCCCAAAUCACUCCUACAAUGGUUUUCUCUCAUAUUUGUCACACAUCACUCGGAAAACAUUGCUCCUUGGACAGCUGGAUAAAAAACAUUGUUAAACCAAACAGGUCUAAAAGGUGCUGUAACUAAUGGCCGUCCAUUAAUUUAAAAGUAAAAAAUCUAAAAAAAAAUAUUGUUUGUCCGUUCCGGAUUCACAUUUCCAUUUUCCGUAAAGUAUUGGAAAAUCUAAUGGAACUUGUAGUUUAUUUGCAACAUUUUUAUCAUUAACGAGUUAAAUUGUACUUAUUAAUUAAAAUCAUGAUUCGUUUAUGUCUGAAACAAUUUGGCAACGAAAGUAAAUUAGCAGUUUUAGCACUAACAGAUCCUUCAAAGAGCUUAAAAUGUACUAGUACAUUCAACUCAAUCACUAGGAAAUAUGCCAUAAAACUGAAGGAAGAAACACCUAUAGGCACAGAAAAAAUAUAUUACGGAACAUUAACACCUCAGAUAAAGGCCAUAAAAAUAUUCUCUUUAUGCACAAGCAUAGCAGGUAUUGCUAUUCAACCUAUGUUAAUAAGAGAAGCAUCAAGCAUAGGAAGUACUUCUUUAUUGGUAGCCAUAUGUUCAGUGGUGGGAUUCUUCACGUUUGUAACUCCAAUACUGCUGCAUUUCAUCACCAAAAAGUAUGUUACCGAAAUUUACUACAACGCUGAAACUUCGACAUACAAAGCGAUUACAAUUAAUUUCUUUGCAACAAAACGAAUUCAUGAAUUCAAAGUAGAAGAUGUAUUUGUUCCCGAUGUACCAGGAAUGUUCACUACUAUGCAUGCUAAUGGCAAGCCGCUGUUCAUUGAAGCACGAUUCUUCAAUAACCCACUGCACUAUGCAAAGAUCAUGGGCUAUGAUAAGCCAAUGGAUUUUAAACUAGGAGAAACGCAAGAAAGUAAAAACCAAAAGUAAAUUGUUAUAAAUGUUUGUAAGUCUUAGACUCAAAAUAUCAGUUGUGGUUCAAAUUAAAGGUUAGUUAAACAAUUAUUUCUUCUAUGAAGAUUUUUUCCUUUCAUUUCAAGGUGUGUGGCACUGAUGACAAUGGGUAUCAAAACCUAUUAACAACCAGACCGAGGCCACCCUUAUGUGUUAAAAAACUAAAUCACUCAUAGCUAACAAUCUCCAAAUUGAAUUCUUUGUAAAUGACAUUAAGUUAUAACUGGAGCCCAUAGACAUCACAUAAUAAAUGCCAACCACUUCAAGACAGAGAUUGACUUUGAGGUACAAGUCUCAAAAAUUCAAAUGUAAGGUUGUCACAACCUUUGAACUAGAACACCAUGGUUUGUGGCAGUCUGGAUAAUAUUACCUGACUCAUUAUUUCAAAUAAUAAAUUACCACUCAAGAAUAUCGAAAAUACAAAGAACAAACAUGGACACAUUUUUAAACUUUGUUUAAACCAUGAUUGAAAUAACAGGUCCUAAAUGUUAUUUAUUAUGAAAGCAACACAAAAAAUGGAUGUAAACUUGUGAUUGUUAAAUUUUGAAUACCACCUACCUUAUUGAUUAUCCUAAUGUUAAAACAAUAAAUAUUUAUUGUGUUAAUUAAAUAUUAUUAAUUAAUUGUUUAUUGUGUUAAUGAAACGUUCACAAUAAUUAUUUAUUGUGAACUUUCUAUUAAUAGGGGUCAUGCCAAUGUGUGGUUGAAAAAUGUUUCUUAAUUACUAAAAUAAUAUUGUGAAACAAUGUUAUUAUUUAUUACAAAUACUUGUAAGGAUUAAAUAUUAUUGGAAUAGAA